GCUCUGCUCGUGACCACAGGAAGUGAUGCACUGCAUGGUGAUAAAUCUGUCUUCUGUGACUCAUGGUGGAUGAAGAUGCUGAAAGAUACCUGGAGACACGCUCGGGGUUUUUCUACAUGCUUCGUGUAAUCCGGAGGGCGAAAUGGAUCCUUCGAGAAGAAGUGAGAGCGACUGGCAAGGGCUAGUGAACGAGUUCCUGGUGUGUAAGAGAAAGCUGGAGAGUAAGAAGGAGGCACUGCUGAUUCUGUCCAAAGAGCUGGACACCUGCCAGCAGGAGCGGGACCAGUUUAAACUGAUGGCCAAUCAGCUGCGAGAGCGCCACCAAGGGCUGAAGAAAAAAUACAGAGAGCUUAUCGAUGGUGACCCGACUUUACCUCCAGAAAAAAGGAACCAAGUGAAUUUAGCGCAGCUGCUGCGUGACACUGAGGAGAAGAACAGGAAGCUGAGUGAUGAACUGAAAGAGCUGAAUCAGCGAUUAGUAGAGGUUCAAGGUGACAACAAGCUGCUGAGGAUGACCAUCGCUAAACAACGCCUUGGUGAUGAAGAGGUCGGAGUUCGCCACUUUCCGGCUCACGAGAGAGAAGAUCUCGUCCUGCAGCUGGAAAAAGCUCGAGAGCAGAACUCGGAGCUGGAGCAGAGUGUGAAGGCGGCCAUGGACGAGCUGCAGGACGUGCGGGCGGAAAGAAACGUGUAUCAGGAGAAAGCUCACCGCCUCAACGUCGAGCUCAACCACAUCCUGAGACGCCAUGACGGCCGGCUCAUAGACGUGGACGCUCUGUGUAUGGAGAACAGAUAUCUCCAUGAACGCUUUGUACAGCUUCAGGAAGAAGUCUCUCUCCUCAAAACCAAUUUGAUGAAGUACAAGACUGCACUGGAGAGUAAGAAGAACUGUAAAGUGUACGGCAAGACCAACAGUAGUGCACUGACCGGAGUGCUCUCGGCUAAACAAGUUCAGGAACUGCUGCUGUCUGAGGAAAACGGCUGCAGUCUGCCCGUGACACCACAGUCCAUCAGCGACCUGAAGUCUUUAGCCACAGCGCUGCUGGAGACCAUCCACGAGAAGAACAUGGUCAUUCAGCACCAACGCCAGACCAACAAGAUUCUGGGUAACAGAGUAGCCGAGCUGGAAGGGAAGCUGAAAGCACUGGAGAUGUCUGGACUGUGGAGUUUACCUGGCCUUACCUAUAACGUGACUGUGGGACUGGGGAGAGGAAGAGACGUGAUCAUUCUGAGAGAACAUCAGCAGGUCCAGCCGUCUGUGGGCCAUGCGGUGCAGCCGCAGCACGGCUCUGCAGGUGAGACGCUAGGAGACGAGGAAGUCGUAACCGGAGAGGAAGUGACAGAAGAUACAGCUCUCACUGCUGAGGAGUUUUCCAGGCCGCAUCAUCAUAAUCAUCAUCAUCAUCCUCCUCAUCAUCUUCGUCAUCAUCAUCAUCCUCACAGCACGGUCUGCUUGGAACACACAUCUGAAUCCAGCAGUCAUCCUCUCACAGAAACCUCCAGCAGCUCACAGAAGAGUUCUGUGAAGACACGAACACAUGAUUACAAGCCGGAAACAUUACACAGUAAAGAAGAUCUGGCAACCCGUGACCAUGGAAGCACAAGCACACCUCCAGCAGAGGAUGCUGGGAAAGAGGGGAAAGAGGGCGGAGCUCCAUUCACAUGUUCAGAGGACAGUCCUGAUAUUCAUAUGGACGGAGCAGAGAGAGACACAAGUAACAAGACGGUGUGUAAUGUGGACUGCACAGAACCGUCUGAUGCUAGAACAGAGAACAUGAUGAGACAAGAACCGGAACCAGACACUCCAGAUCAGAGCACAUAGAAUGCAGAACUCUUAAUGAAACACUGAUCCAAUGCUUCUACACCUUUAUCACGGUUUGUAAUGUUGACACAGUACCUUUACUAAACAUCUGAGUUUUCCAAGAGACAUAAGCAUCUUUUACGAUAAGAUCACGCUCUCGUAGCCUUCAGAACAUCGGUCAGGUUUUUUUUGUCUUGUUAACGUAUCUGAAAUAAACAUUGAUCCUCCUGGUUUCCAUCUUCCCGUGUUAAAAAACACAAAUUUACGCAAAAGUAACACACACUUUAUCUCUGGUGCAUAAACACUAUGGAACAUCGGACACGAUGAGUUAUUUGCUAACGAGUCGACUCUUUAAACAGAUCUUUUAGGUGAGUCGACUCGUGUAAAUUUUUACCAAAAUGUUUUUUUGUAAGAUUUCAUGACAAGAAUCUAUCUAUAGUCAGACAAAGGAGAACGAUUAUGUUUUAUCUGGUUUAGUCUUGGUACAUCAGACGUUAUUUUAAUAUUUCUCAUAGUGAUGAGCCAUUUGCUAAUGAGUCGACUCUUUGAACAAAUCUUUUAGGUGAGUCGAUUCACAUAUACGAAUCAUUAACAUGUAAACGUUAUCACUGCUCAUACGUUUCCAGAGUGUUUUAAUUGAAAUGUUUCUAAAGACUGUAAGAUUUUAUGACAAGAAUCCAGCUAUAGUUAGACAAAGGAGAACGAUUAUGUUUUAUCCGGUUUAGAAAAAAUAGUGAGUCAUUUUGGAUCUGAAAGUGAGUCAUUUAAGAACUGAAAUAGUUGACUCUUACAGGUUAAAGGAUCGAAAUAGUGAAAACAGCCAAAAAUCACUCCUUUUAAAAGUAAAUAGUCUUGGAUAUGUAAAAAAAACCUAGUUUUUGAAUAUUUAUAUGCU